AUGGAUGAUUUAUUUGCGUCAGGAAGCUACAACAAAUCGGUGAAAGUGUGGAAAAGAUCCUCUUUCGAAUGUGUCAAACAAUUUGAGCAUGAGAGUGGAAAUGUCUAUGCAUUAGCCACAACGUACAAUUUAAGAAAUAACCAACAACCAAGCUUAAUUUCUGUCGGAUCUGACAUGAGUAUUUAUGAGUGGGAUUUGGAAAAAACAUUGCUCCGGACGUAUACUUUUGUUCAUUCACACCAUCUUGUCCUUCUCUGCUUGACUCGUCGACACGCGACACACUUUACAACUGAUUCAAAUGUCACACCCUCCUCCGCCUCGGAUUCAUCCAUACAUCAAGGAGAUAUCGAAGAUUAUGCUCUCAUAGGUAAUUGUCACACAACAGCACUUGUGGGUAUUCAUGGAUCGAUUGAUUAUUGUUGUUUUCCUCAAUUCGAUUCCUCCUCUCUUUCUAAACUCGUUUCUGCGUCACGUGAGACGUGUGGUUACUUUUCCAUUCAUCCUCUUCGAAUUGAGGAUACGACCAAUAAGCAGCAUUACUUUCCUGAUUCGAAUGUGCUCGUCACAAAAUUCUUGUUGAGUGAGGGAGUUGGACAAGUGGUCGAUUUCAUGCCCUUGAUGAGGACAACAACUGAUGGAAAGCAAAGUGGUGAUCACUUUGAGCCACACGUGUCCAAACCUGUGACCAAUGUUGUGGGUAUGACCGAGGAUUUACCUUGUGCCGAUGAAUGUUGUCCAAUCACCAAACUCUUUCGAGGAGACCAAGUGAAUUUGAUGAGAGGACGAGUUCCCUCAUCAGCCCAUAUGAAACUGGAUCCCAAUGAUGACUUAUUCAACAAGAUGAUUUCACAUUCAAUUAUUCGAAGAUUGGAGAUUGUUCAUGGUCACAUUGAUUUCCUUGUGGAGUGCACACCAGUAUUUAACUAUGGAAGAGAGAAACAUAUUGUGAAAAUCUCUAAUGAUCGGAAAUGUGUCGUUUUCACAGCUGAAGAAAGUGGUCACAAAUUAAUUUUACAAUGUAAUCGUGCUUGUUUUGAGAAGGCGACCGAAGAUGGUCGAGGAAUUGUUGGAAGUUUGGAACUGAGCGAAUUAGAUGUUGAGAAGAGUUGUGUAUUUUUAUUGAGCUACGUUGAGAAGGAUACAACCGGAGUGACUCGUCACGAAGAAACCUUCAACACCUCUGAAGAGGACUCUCAUAGGAAGAGUGUUGACAGUGACAAGUAUUGCAGAAUUCUUCCAGGACUGGUCCACAAAACCAAUCAACUCGCCGUGGAAACGAUUACAUAUUGGCAAAAUUAUAUCAAAAGGAGUGAAUAUCAGGGAAUUUUCAGAGAACAAGUGAAUCGAUCUCUUCUUGCUCUCAAAUUAUUAAUGUUUGAAAAGACAGGUGCCAUCAUUUCCUCACCUACGACUUCAUUGCCAAAGGUGAUUGGUGGAGAACGAAAUUACGAUUACAGAUACUUUUGGAUGAGAGAUGGCACCUUUGCCAUUAAUGCCUUUCUUCAAGCAUCCAUGAUCGAUGACGCUGCUAAAAUUAUUGGUUUCAUUGAGCGAAUGAUUCAUUAUGAAAUGGAAGAGAGACACAAGCAGAGAGACAUGGAUGUACCUGCAAUCGUUGCUGCAGAAGAACAAGUCUCUGAUAUUGAUAUUGUCACCACCACCUCAGGAACCAUGAGAGCACCCAUUCACAAUAUUUACACCAUUGACGGAAAAUCUUUAGAUCAUGUGGAGGAAAUUACAACCUUUACAGGUUUUCGUAACAGUCGACCGGUUCGAGUUGGAAAUAUGGCCACUCAAAAUAUUGAAUUGGAUAUUUAUGGAGAAUUAAUGGAUGCUAUUUAUUCAUAUGAUUCGAAACGACCAAUCUCGUAUGAUUUAUGGCUCAAAUUGAGAAAGAUGGUUGAAUUUGUCAUUGUGAAUUGGAAAAAUCCAGACCAUUCCAUUUGGGAGAAGACAAGUGCCACUGCUCACUAUGUCUAUUCCAAAGUCAUGGCUUGGUGUUGUUUGGAUCGAGCCAUACGUCUCGCUGAAAGAAGAAGUUUUCCAGCUCCCAUUCAACAUUGGCUCAAAACUCGAAAUGAAAUCUAUGAAGACAUUAUGAAAAAGGGAUAUAAUGAGAAAUUGGGAUCCUUUGUUCAAUCGUAUGGAUCGAAUGCUCUCGAUGUCUCUCUCUUAAUUAUGCCUCUUGUCAAUUUCCUCUCCAUUAGUGAUCCACGAAUGAUCAGCACCAUUGAAACCAUUGAUCGUAAACCCAAAGAAGGAGGUCUUGUGAGUUCCUCACUGGUCUAUCGUAACAAUGAUAUUCAUCACCAAGACAAGACGAUGCGUUUCACCGAAGGAACCUACAAUAUGUUUUCGUUUUGGUUAUUAAGAGUGUUGGCACUCAUGGGAGAUCGUGACAAGAAGAAACUCAGACAAGCCCAACUCAUGUUUGAAAAAAUCUCCACUUUUAGUAAUCAUGUGGAUUUGUUUAGUGAGAUUACCUCUUUCACUGGAAAUAUGUUGGGAAAUUUCAUUCAUUGCAAUACGCAUGCUUCUUUGAUUGUCGCUGCAGUGGAAUUAUCGAAGAGACUCGAGUAA